GCUUCGUUGGCGAAAAUCAUGACAGACCUCUCGAAUAGUAUCCCACCGAGAAUUGGCUUUAUACAUUGAGUCUACACCAUUGCGUGCUGUUUCCCUUUACAGUCAAGAUGCCGGACCGCUAUCCUACGUCCCAGCCAGAGAAAGGGACUUACCCUGAGCAUGCUUUGCGCAACAACUCAAAGGGUACCGAUCUCGACAAGGAAGCCCUCGAACGCUUUAAAAUAAGGGAAAUCUGUGAGGGCUGGGGGAGUUAUCGUGAUGCUGCCGAAUGGCAGAACUACCGCUCCAUGUUCUUUGACGAUGCCUAUAUUGCGACUUCUUGGAAGCAGGGCAAUAUUGAUGAGUUCAUUCAAGCCUCAAAAGAUGGUUUCGCCAAAGGCUCUAGCUUUAUGUACAUUCUGCACCGCAUCAUCGGGUCCUCAGUCGAGACAAACCCAGAGCUCACGCGUGCUGUGUGCAAGCAAAAGAUCACCAUCACCUGCCGCUUUACCUUUGAUGGGAUCGAAAUGGAUAAUGAAGCCGACUGCCGCUUCUUCUUCCUUCUCGAGAAGCGUCAAGGUCGUUGGGGCGUUUGUUUUUACACACUCCUUUUCGACAAGGAUAAGUUUGUCCCUGUAAAUCCUGAGAGGAUCUUCCAUAUUCCCGAGGAAGAGGUUGAGAAGUACCCGUCUGGUUACCGCUAUCUUGCGUGGGCAGAGGACAAGAUUGGUACACCUCCCAAAAUGAACAUAAAUAGCCACGGUCCCGAGAAGAACAUUCUCUACAGCAAGUGCAAAGACUGGUUGGAGGGCAAAGCUGUCAAGCCAGAUCUGACCGGUGCCGACAUUCCGAACUGGAAGCCCUGAUCAGUUAUAUGGAUAUUAUGAUCGUCAGUAUCUAGCCAAUUUAAUCAGUGGUAUACCUUCGAAAUACUUUUUACAGUAGUGGUGGCAGUAGCAGUAGUAGUAUUAGUAGCGGCAGCAGUAGGCUCACCCCUCGCCUUGUGCGAUUUCGCGAUAACCCGAUCGCUGCCUCUAUAGAUCUAUUUACCAUCAACCGUUAUAUCGCGCCGGAUUUAGAGCCUCGCGAAGGCACAUGGCAACCUAAGUACCUGGUGUUCUGUCCGGCAGCCCUCGUGGCACGCGGCUUCAAAUCCUUUUGAAAUGCCCCUAGAAAGUUCAGUACUACACCUAAAACACUUUUGUUUUGCAGGGCAUCUUUCAAGUUGCCCUUCUUACCUCGAGGUUCACCUUCUCCCAGCCUCCAGGAGAUUCUAAAGAGUCUCCCAAUCUUCUCCCAGAGUUCAUAUCUAGGAUCCUUCAACCUGAAUGGCCCCAGGACACGAACCACGUC